GUAAUAAACACUUCUUAAGAUCAGUUCAGAGGAAGUGUUACACUCACUCACUCACUCACUCAGCACUCAUUCAUCCCUCCGAUGCUACGUACAUGGAAACUUAUGAGAAGAAGUUGAACUCGGAGCUGAAGUAACUUUCUCUGACCGCGCUGUUGGGCACUUUUGCUUUUCUUUUCAGUUUACUCUCGGUGUGAAUCAGUUUAUUCCGCUAUGUCUGGAGAGCUGAGGCCGCGUCUCUGUGCGUUAGACAAAGGGAAGGACGGGUAUGGCUUCCACCUGCACGGUGAGAAAAACAAAGCGGGCCAGUUUAUCCGCCUGGUGGAGCCGGACUCCCCAGCCGAGGAGUCGGGUCUGCGGCCCGGGGACAAACUGGUCUUCGUUAACGGAGAGAGUGUGGACGGAGCGAGUCACCAGCAGGUCGUGUCCAGAAUACGAGCUGUAACGGGGAAGCUGGAGCUGAUAGUUGUGGACCCGGAGACCGCCGACCUGCUCAAACAACACAACCUGACGUGCAGGAGAGAGUUCGUCACUGACGGUGUACCGAUACCGAGAGACACAACCGAUACCGCCGAGGAGGAGACGAAUGGUACAGCUACAGAAGCCAGUCCGGUUCCUGAACCGGAACCUGUUCCUGUCCCUGUCUUUAUCCCGGACACUAACGGGGACUUUGGCAUCACCACACUCAGUCUAAACUCCGAGGAAUCGAAGGCCGAGUUUCGUCCCCGGCUCUGCCACAUGAAGAAGGGAGCUACAGGUUAUGGUUUCAACCUGCACAGUGAGAAGACCAGGCAAGGCCAGUAUAUCAGGGCAGUGGAUAAGGACUCCCCUGCUGAGAAAUCUGGACUUCACCCCCAAGAUAAAGUGGUGCAGGUGAAUGAUGUGAUUGUACUGGGGAUGCAGCACUCUGAAGUGGUGGCAGCAAUUAAGGCAGGAGGAGAUGAGCUGCGUUUGCUGGUGGUGGAUCCUGAAACUGAAGCGUUUUUCAGCAGGUGCCAGGUUGAACCCACUGAGCAACACCUCACAGGUCCUCUUCUCACACCUCCUACCAGUAACGAUGCAGAUGAAAAGGUAAAGGAGGAAGCAGCUCUGGAAGCCAAACCAACGACACCUAGUCCCUCACCUUCCAGCGCUUCUUCUACUGCAUCCAUCCCUGCUGAGACAGCUGCCAGCCCCCUGUCUGAGGAGAAACCAGAGGAGAAAAGCAAGAGUGAUAACACAAACGCAGCUCUUGAUCUGAACCUCUCCCUGCAGCAGGCUAAAGAGCGAGCUCACCAGAAGCGAUCCAACAAGAGAGCGCCACCUAUGGAUUGGAGCAAGAGAAGCGAGGUGUUCAGCAAUCUGUAAACCACCUGCAACAUCACUUACUGCCGCAAAUCUUUACAUUUCAUUUAUUUAUGGAGUGCACAGGGUUCUGUGUUUAAACCCAAUUCCUACGAUUCAUUCAACAGGUGAUAAAAUACAGGGAUAAAGGGAAAAGCUGAGAAAAAGAAGGAACACAUUUUUUUCUAAAUAAUUAAAUGGUUGCUGGUUUAUUUUUUCUGUCAUUCUUCAUUUAACAUGUAAACUCAGUGUUAUUUUGCCAGUUGUGUAUUUUCCAAGUGUUUUUAAUCUUUAUAGAAAUCAUAUGUGUAAUGUACAGUGUAGGAUGGGAAAUGCUUUUCACCCCUGUGAGUGUAUAUUGUUUAUGAAGACUGUAUUCAAUGUAAGUUGUGACACCAUUAACGGUUUAGUACACAAAUCUGUUGUGAACGAUGAAAUGUACUUCCAGGACAAUUUUAAUCUCUUAAUAGAAUGAUAUAAUUAGAACAGCUAUAUAUACACAUGUGUAUGUGAUAUUACUCUGAAAGGCUUUAACAACAUCUGUAUAGUUUUUCUAUAAAAUGUUUUUUCUUUUUGCUGUAGGCAAAUCCUCAAAACAGUGGUAGAUUUUCUCUUACACUGUUAAUACUGUUAUGAUUGAAUGUAUUUCUAGAUGUACCACUCGUUAAACAUUAAAUUUAUGAUUAAAUGUGGCACAUUGUAAUUCUAGAUAAUAAGCACAAGGACAUUUAAAACAUGUUUGCAGUUUAUUUCAGAUCACAGAGGGACAAUACUGAGCAGAUCACUGUCUUCAUUAUAAACCACUAGUUUGAACUCAGGCUGUCAUAUCUUUUUAAAAAUAAAAACGAUUGAAAUAUGA